UAUACGACCAGCAAGCCAUUUCGCCCUCCUUACCCUCAAUCCCGCGUCUCAACUUUCAUUUUCUUUUUCCCGUCUCUUGCCUGCUGGCCACAUAAGAAUCAUCGAGCGAAUCCCAACGAUAUCGGAGUUGCCCGGGCAAUGGCCGUGCAAGCCCAAUACCCAUCCAACGCUUUCUCCCCGGACUUCCGUUCCAGGUCUCGAAACAGCGUGUUGGAAGAACUCCAGAUGCUCCAGGAUCGCACCCGACACCAUCAUCUCGGGAGUCUCCUUGGCGGCUACUCUCAUCUUGCAGGCCAGCAGCGGCAGCAGCAAGGUUUUAACAAUUGUACGGUGUUCAGCGAUCCAACGAGCGAGUUGACUUGCAAUGCCCCAGGGCCCCGGAAGCGGAUCCGAGACGAGGAGCCAAUGGUACUGCCCAAUCCCAAUCUCCACCAAAACGCCAUCCCCGCCUUCCCCUACGCAAGUCUCAAUCUCGGCGGGCUUCCGUUGAAGCCCAACAACGCUACCGAAGCUACAAUCGACGCCGCCCAGCUGUCGCACGAGCAGAGCCGGUUGCUCGAGUCUGCUGGGACUUCGACCAGCGGCCGUCCCCACUUCGUCUCCGUCUCCGCCGCCGCCUCGCCACUCGUCGUUUCCCCUCUGGCGCAAGAAAUCGCCUCCCAUCUGUGCCACCAUAACAUCGAGAUCGACGCCCUCGUCCGCCUCCAGUAUGAGAGGCUUCGAUCGGGAUGGGAGGAGGUGCGGAAGAAGCAUUGCCGGGAGCUGGUUUCGGCGGUGGAGCAGCGGGUGGCGAAGCGGCUGAGGGAGAAAGAAGCAGAGCUGGAGAACGCGAGCCGCCGGAAUGCGGAGUUGGAGGAGAAGCUGAGGCAGAUGAGCGCCGAGAACCAGAUAUGGUUCAACGUCGCCAAGAACAACGAGGCCAUCGUUAACAGUCUCAAGACGAGCCUGGAACAGGUUCUCCUCCAGAACAUGGCCUCCGCCGCUGCCGCCGGCUGCAACCAGGGCUGCGAUGGCUACGGGGACGGCGAGGGUGCGGCGACGUUCCCGGCGGACGAUGCGCAGUCGUGCUGCUUCGAGGACGACGAAAAGGAGAGGCGGGAGGCGGCGGCGCUGCGGCAGAACGAGGAGCUUCUAUGGCGGAGGGCGUGCAAGAUAUGCCAGGAGAAGGACGUGUGCGUUCUGCUGUUCCCUUGCCGGCACCUUUGCUUAUGCAAGGACUGCGAGCCGAUGGUCGACACGUGUCCCAUCUGCCAAUCCGUUAAGAGCGACUUUCUCCAAAUCUUCAUGUCCUGAUCGGUUUUUAUUUUUAUUUUUAUUUUCUUUUUUUUUGAUCCAUCUAAUGUCGCUUUCAUGGUUUCUUCUCUCUUGUUUUGGGUUCGGCUCGACCGUCUGAUGGCUGAACCAUGGAGUUAUUUUGUUUCUUUUUGGUGUCGUUUCGAUGCGUGGAAGUAUCGGCGCGUUGCUGGCUGCGACCGUAAUGAAGUUGGAAUUUGUAAGCUAACGUUCGUUCUAUAGAGUCCGUAAUUCUUUUUCGUUUUAUUUUGGUAGCAUAUGCAGUCGUGGCUCCUAUGGUACAGCCGUUUAAUGUAUGUUACUCAUAAUGCCCAUGGUAGGGAAGUCUUCAAUUUGAGGAAGAAAUAUGAACAACAUAAUUUAUCCGAAUUGAGGUGGGGCUGGUACUGGUUUUAAGAUUUGCUGUGUGAAUUAACUAAGGCAGUUGCGUAGAAGGAAAAAUAAGGCUGUGAAGGAACGGCAGUGCUCCUUCGCUGUUGGUUCUUUGAAGGGUUGUAGAAAGGGUCCAGACUAUUGACCUUGAAGGGGCCGUUCUUCUUGCUCUAAUA